AUGUUAACGGGGUGGCAGCUGAUUUUAUCUAAAUUAUUUAUUAUACCGCAACGAUGGGUGAUGGCAAUAAUGGGUUUCCUCGCGGUCGCCAAUGCGUAUACGAUGCGGGUAUGCCUGAACAUCGCGAUCACGCAGAUGGUUCACAAACGAGUGCAUUCUGCCACGGGCAAUGACGGCUCAUGUCCUGCUGACGAUGUUGCGGAUGUUGCUGUGAAUCCCACGGAAGUAACGGGCUACGACUGGGAUGAAGCGACGCAAGGCAUAAUCCUAAGUGCGUUCUACUAUGGGUAUAUAGUAACCCACUUGCCUGGUGGUAUGUUGGCGGAACGGUUUGGUGGAAAGUACUCUUUGGGCUUCGGAGUACUUUGCACGGCAGUGUUUACCUUACUGACCCCAUGGGCUGUCUCAGCCGGAGGAGCUACUGGAUUGAUAAUACUUAGGGUAUUUGAGGGACUUGGAGAGGGUACAACAUUCCCCGCCUUAAACACUAUGCUGGCACGAUGGGCCCCUAUAAAUGAGAGGGGGCGAAUGGGGUCUCUGGUAUUCGGUGGUGCUCAGAUCGGCAACAUCGCUGGGACCUACUUAUCAGGACUAGUGAUCAAGGAAACUGGAGAAUGGCAGUCCGUAUUUUAUCUGUUUGGUGCUGUGGGAAUUCUUUGGUUCAUUCUGUGGGCGCUGCUUUGUUACAACGACCCCGAAUCGCAUCCGUUCAUUUCUGACAAAGAGAAAAAGUAUUUAGAAGAGGCUCUGGGCAGUUACCGCAACAGUCAGCCUUCCGCCAUACCUUGGAAGGCCAUCUUCAUGUCUGUUCCACUUUGGGCAUUAGUUUGCGCUCAGAUCGGACAUGACUACGGUUACUUUACAAUGGUGACCGACCUUCCAAAGUACAUGACGGGAGUACUCAAGUUCGACAUACACAGGACAGGCACGCUCGCUGCCUUACCUUAUGCGGUCAUGUGGCUCAGCUCUAUCAUUUUUGGUUGGAUUUGUGACAAGUUGGUUAAGAAUAACUGGCUGACUGUCACUAACGCCAGAAAGACUUUCACUACUAUAGCUUCAGUCGGACCUGGCAUCUGCAUGAUCUUAGCUUCCUACUCCGGUUGCGACACAACCGCUGUCGUCAUCUUAUUCACUACUUCUAUGGGUUUGAUGGGCGCAUUUUACCCUGGCAUGAAGGUGAAUGCCCUUGACCUGAGCUGCAACUACGCAGGAACUAUAAUGGCUAUUGUUAACGGCAUAGGAGCUAUUACAGGCAUCAUCGCACCAUACCUGGUCGGCUUGCUCACACCUGAUAGUACAUUGGUACAAUGGAGAUGGGUGUUCUGGAUAGCUCUAGCCGUGUUCAUCGUCACAAACUUAGUGUUCGUUGCAUGGGCAUCAGGUGAAGAACAAUGGUGGAAUAAUACAUCUGAAGAUCCUAAGAAACAGCAAGAGGCCGAAGCCGGAAACAACCACUCCGUCAAUGCUGAGGUCAAAUUGUAG